AUGGGGCUGCUCCUCAUGAUCCUGGCGUCGGCCGUGCUGGGCUCCUUCCUCACGCUCCUCACCCAGUUCCUGCUGCUCUACCGCAAACAGCCCGAGCCGCCGCCGGACGAGGCCGCCCGCGCGGCGGACGGCUUCCGCUACAUCAAGCCGGUGCCGGGCCUGUCCCUGAGAGAGUACCUUUAUGGCGGCGGCGGCGGGGCUGAGGAGCCCUCUGGCGGGCCUCCCGAGGGCGGCGCGACCCCGGCCCCCGAGACCCCCGCCCCGCCGACGCGCGAGACCUGCUACUUCCUCAACGCCAUCAUCCUGUUCUUGUUCCGGGAGCUGCGGGACACCGCACUUGCCCGCCGCUGGGUCACCAAGAAGAUCAAGGUGGAGUUCGAGGAGCUGCUGCAGACCAAGACGGCUGGGCGCCUGCUGGAGGGGCUGAGCCUGCGGGACGUGUUCCUGGGCGAGACCGUGCCCUUCAUCAAGACCAUCCGGCUCCUCCGGCCCGUGGCGCCCUCGGCCACCGGGGAGCCCGACGGCCCCGAGGGGGAGGCGCUGCCCCCCGCCACCACCCCCGAGGAGCUGGCCUUCGAGGCGGAGGUGGAGUACAACGGGGGCUUCCAUCUGGCCAUCGACGUGGACUUGGUCUUCGGCAAGUCCGCCUACCUGUUCGUCAAGCUAUCGCGGGUGGUGGGGAGGCUGCGCUUCGUCCUCACCCGCGUGCCCUUCACCCACUGGUUCUUCUCCUUCGUGGAGGACCCGCGGAUCGACUUCGAGGUGCGCUCCCAGUUCGAAGGGCGGCCCCUGCCCCAGCUCACCUCCUUCAUCGUCAACCAGCUCAAGAAGAUCAUCAAGCGCAAGCACACCCUCCCGAGUUACAAGAUCAGGUAUAAGCCGUUUUUCCCAUUCCAAACCUUGCAAGGAUUUGAAGACGACGACGAAGAGUAUAUCCAUAUACAACAGUGGGCACUUACUGAAGGCCGCCUUAAAGUUACAUUGCUAGAAUGUAGCAGGUUACUUAUUUUUGGAUCAUAUGACACUGAAGCAAAUAUUCAUUGCACACUUGAGCUGAGUACUGGUGUUUGGGAAGAAAAGCAAAGGAGUUCUAUUAAGACGGUUGAAUUAAUAAAGGGGAAUUUACAAAGUGUUGGACUUACACUUCGUCUGGUCCAGUCAACUGACGGCUAUGCUGGGCACGUCAUAAUUGAGACUGUGGCCCCAAAUUCGCCUGCUGCAAUUGCUAACCUUCAGCGGGGAGAUCGACUGAUUGCUAUUGGAGGUGUGAAAAUCACAUCUACACUGCAGGUGCUGAAGCUCAUCAAGCAGGCUGGUGACCGAGUGCUGGUGUAUUAUGAGAGGCCUGUUGGCCAGAGUAAUCAGGGUACAGUGCUGCAAGAUAACUUUGGACAGUUAGAAGAAAACUUUCUGUCAGGCUCAUGCCAACCGAACUUUGAAGAGGAAGCAACUGGGUUGGCAGUAGAUGCUGAAAAUAGAGACCUGGAUUCUGAAUUUGAAGACUUAGCAAGUGAUGUCAGAGCCCAAACUGAAGCCAGAGAGGAGGCACAGUCACUAAGUCACAGCCCCAAACGUACUCCAACAACACUUUCUGUUAAACCCCUUGGAACUAUAUCACCUGUUUUAAACCGUAAAUUAGUUGUAGGAAGUUACCCACCACCACCAAAACUUCCAUCCAAAGAAGGAAAUAAGCCCUUAGCCCUAAAAUCUUCUGAGAUAACAGAACCAGCACAAGUGUCAAAACCUACCCAAGGAUCCACGUUCAAACCACCUGUGCCACCACGCCCACAAGUCAAAGUUCCUUUGCCUUCUGCUGAUGCCCCGACACAGGCUGAACUAGAUAUUUCUGUUGAAAAGCCAGAGAAGGUGCUGCCACCGCCUCCUGCAGAUAAACCUGCUGAAAAGCAAGUGAAGAAUCUGGAUCACGUAGAAGAAGCAGCUGCAGCUAAGCAGUUUUUAGCCAAGCAAGAAGUGGCAAAAGAUCUGACUUCUGAAAGCGCCUGCCCACCUAAGGACAAUUCAGAUGACCAUCAAACGUGGGAAUCAUCAGAAAUUCCUUAUCGCAAGAAGCUGGGAAAAUGGACAAGAACCAGAGCCAGCUGUUUCUUUGACAUAGAAGCCUGCCACAGGUACUUAAACAUUGCGCUGUGGUGCAGGGACCCUUUCAAACUAGGGGGUCUCAUCUGCUUGGGGCACGUGAGCUUGAAACUUGAAGAGGUGGCGUUAGGAUGCUUAGCUACUUCGAACAUGGAGUACCUUUCCAAGUUUAGACUGGAAGCCCCAUCACCUAAGGCCAUGGUCACGAGAACCGCACUACGAAAUCUGAGUAUGCAGAAGGGGUUCAAUGACAAAUUCUGCUACGGUGACAUUACUGUUCACUUCAAAUAUUUGAAAGAUGGAGAGCCAGACCACGUAGUUACUAACUUAGAAAAAGAAAAAGAACUCCAUUUGGUUGAAGAGGUUUCUGCUCUGCCUAAAGAGGAGCAUUUUGUUGGACAAAUGGGUUUAACAGAAAAUAAACACAGUUUCCAGGACACUCAGUUCCAGAACCCGACUUGGUGUGAUUACUGUAAGAAGAAAGUUUGGACUAAAGCUGCUUCCCAGUGUAUGUUCUGUGCUUAUGUCUGUCAUAAAAAAUGUCAGGAAAAGUGUCUAGCCGAGACUCCUCUUUGUGGAGCGAUGGAUCAGCGGAUAGAUCGGGCCCUGAAAAAUCUCAGGCUGGAAGGACAGGAAACCCUCUUAGGCCUGCCCCCUCGUGUUGAUGCUGAAGCUGGGAAGUCAGUCAACAGAACAACAGGUUUGACGAGACAUAUUAUCAAUACGAGCUCUCGUUUGUUAAACCUGCGUCAGGUCUCCAAAACUCGCCUGUCUGAGCCAGGAACUGAUCUAGUAGAACCUUCACCAAAACACACACCCAACACAUCAGACAAUGAAGGCAGUGACACAGAGGUCUGUGGUUCGAACAGCCCUUCUAAACGAGGCAACAGUGCAGGAAUAAAGUUAGUGAGAAAGGAGGGUGGUUUGGAUGAUAGCGUUUUCAUUGCCGUUAAAGAGAUCGGUCGUGAUCUGUACAGGGGCUUACCUACGGAGGAGAGGAUUCAGAAACUAGAGUUCAUGCUAGAUAAACUACAGAAUGAAAUUGAUCAGGAGUUGGAACAUAAUAAUUCCCUUGUUAGAGAAGAAAAAGAGACAACUGAUGCAAGGAAAAAGUCCCUUCUUUCUGCUGCUUUGGCUAAAUCUGGUGAAAGACUACAAGCUCUGACACUUCUCAUGAUCCACUACAGAGCAGGCAUUGAAGAUAUUGAGUCUUUAGAAAGUCUGUCUUUAGAUCAGCACUCCAAGAAAAUCAGCAAGUACACAGAUGACGCAGAAGAAGACCUCGACAGUGAAAUAACCCAACUCAUAGACUCUCAGCCAUUCAGUAGCAUAUCAGAUGACUUAUUUGGCCCAUCUGAGUCUGUGUAA